AUGAUGGUCCUUCAAGACGAGGGAGACUUGCUGUACUUCACGGGGCACAGACACGACAUUCUCAUCCGCAACCCCGAAAAUCCCAACGACUCUCACCUCAUCAUGCACGACCAGCUCAAGCUGUUCGUGAUGUACUCUCACACCCUCCGCAACAAGGGACCUUGCUCCCGUCCCCCUGGCCCUCUGGGCUACAAAUUCUUCGUGCAGGCCUUCAACAGCGAAGGCUUGCAUUCAUCAGCCUCGUACCUAGAUGAGCACGGCACCGUCAUCAGUGCCGGAUCCUCAAUUGAGGCAUCAGACAUCAUUGGGGACGACGACGAUGAUGAAAAUACAACCGUCUCAUCCACCCGCAUGGGGCAGAUGGAAAAGAUGGUCUGGCAUACGGCGUUGAGCACCACUCAUCAGCGGGAGAAGAUGGAGAUGCGUCGGGCGGGACAGUGUAAAGAAAAGAACUUCAGGCGCAAGCAGGCGCAGAAGUUACACAAAAAGGGACUGGGCAAGAUUCGGAAGGAGACCGACCUGCCCACUACAUACCCCGUCACGGGCCCCUCAUCUGGUGCGGUCAUCAAAGAGACCAUGGCCACAGAGGACUAA